GCGGAAGUGGGGCGCUUAUGUCAGUUCCGCCUGUUCUUACUGUCUUUGCCACAGUAAAAAAACAAAGCUAGCUUUGUUGUUCUUUGUCUGUGUAGCUGAUUUACAUUCAUUUCCACAUUUCGAGUUGAUCAUCAUGUUCUACCACAUCUCUUUAGAACAUGAGAUUCUGCUGCACCCUCGCUACUUUGGCCCUAAUCUUCUGAACACGGUGAAACAGAAACUCUUCACUGAGGUGGAGGGGACGUGUACAGGAAAGUAUGGCUUUGUCAUUGCUGUGACCACAAUUGACAACAUAGGAGCAGGUGUUAUUCAGCCUGGCAGGGGCUUCGUACUGUAUCCAGUGAAGUAUAAGGCCAUUGUCUUCAGGCCCUUCAAGGGGGAGGUGGUUGACGCUGUCGUUACACAGGUUAACAAAGUUGGACUAUUCACUGAAAUUGGGCCCAUGUCCUGUUUUAUCUCACGGCAUUCCAUUCCAUCAGAGAUGGAAUUUGACCCUUCCUCCAAUCCACCAAGCUACAAGUCGGCUGAAGAAGAUGUUGUUAUCCAGCAGGAUGAUGAAAUCCGGUUGAAGAUCGUAGGAACUCGAGUGGACAAAAAUGACAUUUUUGCCAUAGGAUCUCUUAUGGAUGAUUAUCUAGGACUGAGCUGAUUUUUCUUGCUGAAUAUUGAAAAUAUCUCAUCACCACACAUCUUCGACACAACAUUUUCGCGUCUCCAGCUGUGGACAGUAGUUACAGGCUGAUACAACUUCAGUUGCUUUUAUGUUUUAAGCUCAGUUUGCAUUGAUGACAAUGCCUGAUUCAAGUUAAAGUUUUGUACUGUUUUUUGAGCAGACAAUUUGGGAUGCCGUUUUAUGUUUCAUAGAGUAAGAAAACGUAUGGUAUUGAUCAAAAUCAUGCCGUUUUAAAAAUUCCUGCAACUUGCUCUAUGCUGUGGCCCAACACAAAGAUUAUGCAUAUUUACUGACAUAUGGUCGUGUGUCAGUGUCCUUCAAUAUGAAAAUGUAUGGUUCAAAUCGAUGAACAAGGUGUCACUGUAUCAUAUUUUGAAUAAAUAUUUCUUGUAAUAA